UUCAGAGGAUCCGAGGCAGAGACGAGUCUGAGCAUCAUGGCCUUCACACUGGUGCUCCUGCUGCAGCUGCUCCUGGUCUCACUGACAUCUGCCUCUCAUCACAUGGGGGGAACCGCGACCUACACCUACAGAGGAAAAACCCCUGAUGGGAAAUAUAUUGUGGACUUUCACAACCGGGACACCUACGACCGCUGUUCCUACUCACACUACUGGUCUUGUUACCAGGGUCAGUGUGGCUCUAAAGCCAAUAGACAGCAUGGGGUAAUAGACAACAGCACCAAUGCUCCGUCUAACGAAAAACUUUGGUGUGAAACUGAAACAGUUGAUACGAGAUACAUUUCCAGUGACAAACCUUUUCAAUUGAGGGCAGCUAGCUGUUGUUGGAUUUCCGCGCGUAAUGCAGGUGCUUCAAAUUGGAGGCUUCUGACUUCUGUGGAUUUGGGAACCAGAUCUGACACGAAAGAACCCAACAGAUCACCGGACAUCGCCAUCCUACCUGUCCUAAGAGUUCCUCAGAACUGCACACGGACCUACAAGCUGACUACCUUUGAUCCAGACGGUGACAAAGUUCGAUGCCGUUACGGAAAACACAAAAAUACAGAAUGCGGCACAUGUGACCAACCUUCAGGCUUCCACUUAAAUCCGGACUCCUGCACGUUACAAUACAACAGCGCCAGUUAUAACUACAAAAGUUACGUGUUUGAGAUGGUGGUGGAGGACUUUCCACGAGGGCACAUCACUCUUCGAUACUCCGACGGAUCUAAAUCCUCCAAGAGUCCAGCAUUGAUGAGGAAAAAGAGAGCACAGUUUAAUACAACAGCAGUUCAAACCACUCCAGCUUCUCUCAGUAAACUUCCCCUACAUUUCUCCUUCCUUGUGGACAAACCCGUUCCCUCAUGUCAGCCAGGACAAUACUUGCCUGAGUUUGUAAGCCCAACACCUGAAAACGGAGCACACAUUCAUGCAGAGGUCAACAUGGAGGUGGAGAUCAGAGUCAAAGCACAAUCGUCAUUUUCAAAAAUACAGGACAUCAUCUUCAGCGGGCCACUGAAUACCACAAAGCAUAGGACCACCCAUAACGAGUUUGUCAUUACAUGGACACCAACUUCAGACCACCUGGGAAAUCAUUACGUCAUCUGCUUUGCUGUAGAAUCAGUGAGCGGGUCUUAUGUCUAUCAGUCAGACAUGAGGUGUGUAGUUGUGGACGUUGGAAAGAAGCAAGUUGAAGCCAAUGUGAUCUGCAGUCAGUCCACCAUGAGAGUGGAGAUUGAGAAAUCUUCAUUCCCCCGACUCAGCGAGGAUGAUUUACGGCUCACUGACCCCUCAAACGUCCUCUGCAGCCUGAAGACUCAUUCCAACAGCACUCAUGUCAUCGGCAUCAUCCCUCUCAACUCUUGUGGCACCCAGAUCGAGGAAGAUGAGGAAUUCCUUAAGUUCAAGAAUGUAAUCACCACGUUUGAGAACAACAGCAACAACCUGAUCACCAGAAAAAACCUGCUGGAGGUUCAGUUCUACUGUCAGUAUCCCAAACGAGGGAACGUGACUCAGAGCUUCACAUCACACAGGAAUGUAACCACUGUGUGGGAGAAAGGCUUCGGCAAGUUCACGUACCAGUUUGAGUUCUAUCCCAACGUUCAGUUCCAGACCAUGAUCGACCCGCACUAUUACCCUCUGGAGUACGACUUAGGGAGCCGCAUCUACAUGCAGAUCGAGGCCACGUCUUCACUCAACAACACCGAGCUGUUUGUGGAGUCCUGCAGCGCUGCACCGUAUGACAACCCCAACUACAUGCCAGUCUACCCUAUCAUCCAGAAUGGGUGCGUAAUGGACUCGACUGUUAUCAUCCACUCCCCUGACCACCAGAGACAGUUCAAGUUCAGCAUGGAGGCCUUCAAAUUCAUUGGAUUACAUAACCAGGUGUACAUCAGCUGCUCAGUCCUGAUGUGUCAGGCAGGAGAACCCAACACCAGGUGCUCACAGGGAUGCAAGACAAUGAAUCAAGGCGCUAACAGGCGUAAGAGAGAGACUGUCAGCCAGACUUCAUCCCACUUUGUCUCCCAGGGUCCCCUGCGCAUGAGGAGGUCAGCAGAGAGAGCAGAAAGCCCAGUGAUGAACCUGAAUCUGAACCUGGUUUUCAUCGCUGGAUGUCUUGUUGCAGCCGUUGGCAUGAUCAGUGGAGUGGCUGUGUACAAAGCCAAAAUAUCAAGGGUCAAAUACCAGCCUCUGCCCACAUUUGAGGAUUAAGACAGCUGCAUGUGCAUCUCUAUUAAUUACACAGGAAUAUAGUUAUUGGGAUUUUUUCUGGUAAGGGAUAUGGGGUCUUGUUGUGUCUUAUUAUGUACACUUCAAAAAUAAGUAAUUUUUUACUGAUACUCAUUCCGCCACAUGGUAUAGUCCACUG